AUGUCCCAAGUAAUCGGCCAGACCCGCCUCGCCUACUCCCGCCCCUGGCACCACCUCCCCCUCACCCGACACACCCCCCCCCUCGGCCGCGUCGCCUCGCGCAUCGCCAUCCUCCUCAUGGGCAAGCACAAGCCGAUCUACGACCCAUCAACAGACUGCGGAGACUAUGUGGUGGUGACGAACUGUCGCGGCAUCAACGUGACGGGGCGGAAGAAGGAGCAGAAGCUGUAUUAUAGUCAUACGACGCGGCCGGGCACGCUGAAGAGCAUGGCGAUGGGGGAGUUGAUGGAGAAGUGGGGAGGCGGGGAGAUUUUGCGGAGGGCGGUCAGGGGGAUGUUGCCGAAGAAUCGGUUGAGGGAUGUGAGAAUGGGGAGGUUGAAGGUAUUCGAGGGCGAUGCCCAUCCGUACAAGAAGAACAUCCUGCACUACCCCGUGGAGCAGAAUCCGUCAAUAUUAGAUACGCCCAGCGUGAAGGAGACUUUGGCCGAGGCGAAGGCAUGA